AUGGAGAUGAUAUAUUACCAGCCUUCUUACCAGGAAUCCUUGAAUGUUCUGGAGGCUGAUAUACAGCAUGCCAAUUCUCUAGCUGCUGCAAUUCCAAGAGGCAAGGGCGGUGCCCGUUUUCAAAUGAAAUUGGUUUACAAUCACUUGGCUCCCCUCUUUCUGUUUUUGUUACAGUGGAUUGAUUGCUCAUGCACAUGUCUACUCCCAAGAUAUCUAAAUUUCUUCCACAUACUUGUCUACAAGGUAUACACAGAUGGCAGGCCUACCAUUUCAACCCAUGGAAGGAAAGCAACUAUAAGGGAUUUCUAUUCCGUUAUCUUACCAUCUCUUCAGCGGCUUCAUGGGGAUUUGGGGGAGUUAGAUGAUGCUAAGGAAGGGUAUCCUAGCAUGGAAAGCUCCGGAAAGAAGAUGAUUAGAGGAGAUGGUAGCCUUGUCAAUGCUGAGUUGGAGAGAGAAGAGGAGUGUGGAAUUUGUUUGGAGCCUUGCACCAAAGUGGUCUUGCCUAAUUGCUGUCAUGCAAUGUGCAUCAAAUGCUACCGCAAUUGGAAUCGAAAGUCAGAGUCUUGCCCUUUUUGUCGCGGUAAUAUAAAGAGAGUUAAUUCUCAAGACUUAUGGGUGCUCACUUGCAAUGAAGAUGUGGUUGACACUGAAACGGUUUCUAAGGAGGAUUUGUUGCGUUUCUACCUCUAUAUCAACAGCCUGCCAAAAGAUUACCCAGAUGCCCUUUUCUUGGUGUAUUAUGAGUACUCUAAUUUGUUCUAA